AUGGUAACAAUAAAUAAUGAUAACAAUUAUGAUAGUGAAGUUCCUUCAGUUAUUGAUAAUAUAAAAUUAUUAAUUGAUCGUUAUAAUCAAAAGAAAAUACAGCGAAAAUAUGUAAAAAGAAAAUUAAUUUUCUAUGCCCAAACGUCAGGCUUCAAAAAUAACGUCUAUCGAAAACAAGCAUGGGAUUUAAUAGUUGACACUCCAUCUUAUGAUUAUUCAAUAGAUCAAAAUUUAAUUGAGUCACAUCAAUAUUAUGAACAAAUCAAAAUGGACGUUAUAAGAACGUUGAAAAGAUUUCCACCGGAUUAUUCUGAUUCUGAAAGAAGUGACUUACAAGACGAUCUUAUUCUUAUUAUAACAAAAGUUUUACUGAAACAUGAAGAACUACAUUAUUAUCAAGGUUAUCAUGAUAUUUCGUUAACGUUUUUACUUGUACUUGGAGAGAAAUUAAGUCUUCCAGUGAUCGAUUCUAUUACCAUGUCACAUUUAAAAUAUUUUAUGGAACCAACAAUGGAAAAAACUCGCGAUUCUCUAGCAUACUUAAUGCCACUGAUUAAUUGUGUCAACAGUGAAUGUGCCGAAUAUAUGGAAAGAGGUGAUACUGGGCAUGUAAUAUUUGCUCUACCUUGGUUUAUCACGUGGUAUUCGCAUGUAUUAGAUGACCUAUCUGUAAUUCUUCGACUUUAUGAUCUCUUCAUUGUCUCACAUUAUCUUAUGCCCAUUUAUGUUGCUGCUGAAAUUGUAAAUUAUUACGCUGAUGAAGUUCUCUCAAAAAAUUGUGAAAUGUCAUGUUUACAUCAAUAUUUAUCGUAUUUACCAACUGAAAUCGAUGAAAAUACGUGGGAAGAAAUUAUUAGACGAGCUUUAUAUCUAUUUGAAAAUCAUCCUCCAGAUACACUCGAGAAUUUAAAUCAUGAGUGGAAAAUCAAAUGUGAAUAUAUGGAACAUUCUUCUGACAAAUUCAUAACUCGACAAACUUUUAAUAAAAAUAACAAUUAUAAUAAUCAACAAAGUUUAUCAAAAAAACCAAGUACUUUAUCACGUAUUGCUUUUUGGGGUGUGACAAUAGCAAUCGGUGGUUUAGCUAUUUAUGUUUGGAAUCAAACACAAUUAAUAGACUCAUCUAAAUACAUUAGCUUAGGAGAUUUUCUUAAUCAAUUGUAUCGAACAUAA